AUGGAUGAAACGGAGCACAUAGCUUUGAUCGAGUGGUACUGUCGACAGCACUAUUAUAAUGGCAUGCUAGCUCAUGUUAAGCAGGCGCGCGACGUUUAUCCGAACAGCGAGCGACUGAGGCUCCUGCUCUGUCUGGCGUAUAUUCUCGUUGGCAAGAGCCACGAGGCCAUCAAGGAGAGUUCCAACUUGCUGAACUAUGUGGAUGUCACGCUGCCAGCAUUGCUCGUGCAAAACGUUGCUCUGGUUGAUGGCGAUGUGGAAAGGAGCACCGUGACACAGAUAGAGAACAGGAUCCGAGACGAGCGCAGAAAAGCAUCCUGUAUCGCAUUGUGUCUAGCAGCAUCCGUGUUACUCCUUUCUCGUCGAGCGGACAAGGCGAAGGAAUAUGUGGAUAGAGCAUGCAAAUUGAAGCCCACGAAUAUCAAUGUAUUACUUGUUAAGGGAUGGCUGGAGCUCAGUUUGAGAUCAGGCACAGAUGCUCCGGAGGCAGGGAACCCUUUUAAUUUGGUUUUGAAGGAAGAGCCGAGGAAUCUGAACGCGUUAUUAGGCUCCGCAGAGAUGAAACAACACGCCGGGGACUAUCCAGGAGCCAUCAUGAUACUGAACUCCUUGAUCGUGCGCUAUCCCAAGCAAUCGUUUCCGUUGAUAGAAAAAAUGAAGUGCUUACUGGCAGCGAAGGAUUGGGAACAAGUGCUGGAGUUGGUGAAUCGUGUGCUCUCGAUCGAGUCGAACAACUUAGACGCCAUCAAGGCGAGCUCGGUGGUGGCUUUGUGCAGAGACGGCAAUUCCAGUGAAGGUUUACCGCAAUUACAGCUGUUUCUGCGUAACUUGCUGCUUGCUGAACCGAAGAACGUGUUCCUGCUGAUUGAAAACUUGCGACUGUUCUCCAGUAUCGCGUUCCAGGACCAUGGAAUUUUGUUGGAGUUAGCGCGGACAGCCGAGAAGAUGCUGCAAGCGACAUCGUCGAGCAGCACGGAGCUAAUGGCAGAACUGGGUGACUUAUAUGUCGCGCUGGGCAAUGUUAAGGACGCUGAGCGCUGGUACAAGAACACCAUCCGCGCAGAUCCAUCCUCUUUCGCGGCACUGUUGGGACUAGCACGCUGCCAGUUGAUACAGGGGUCUGCGGAGGAUCUGGAGCAAGCACGGCAACAAGUGGAGAUCAUGAUGGAGAUACAGCCACACUCGACAAACGUGCAGCUGCUGUUCAUGUCCGCAAAGAUCACUUCUAACGAAAAUAGCGUUAAGGCACUCGGUUACCUGGAUUCGGCGGCGAAUGUCUUGUUAAGAAGCUGCGAGGGUCUUUCUUAUGGCUACGAGUAUCUUAGCGAGCUUAAACCGGAUUUAUGCCUUGAAAUUGCGAAGCAACGACUGAUGUAUUCUUUGAACAAGUCCCCGAUGAGUGACGAGGUGGGUAGCGCAAUAGAGAAGGAACCGAGCGUCCGCUUGUUAGAACAGCUUGUGGAAGCCUGUCCGGGUUCCAGCGUAGCUUUAUUGCUGCUCAGUAAGGCCAGAAUGCAAAGCGGCGACUAUGAGGGCGCAUUAGUUUUGCUCAGGAGAUUGUUAGACUCGGUUGAACCGUCCAAUGCACAGGCUCACCUCACAAUGGCUCAGAUUCUGGCGUAUCAGGGCAUGUAUCAGCUAGCCUCGCAGAGCCUGGAAGUUGGCCUGAGCUACAACUUCAAGAUCCGAGACGAGCCAGUCUAUCAUCUAAUCGUCGGCAUGGUGCAACGAGAGGCCGGCGAUCUGCAGAACUGCGUUAAGAGCUGCCAGACAGCCAUGUCGCUGGCAGGAUUGACUGGCAGCGCCAACAGAAAAUCCGAUAUGACCACAUCGGACCGAGCGACGUUGUAUCUAGAGCUGAUUGCGGCAUACAGUAAGGCAAGACGGUUUGCGGAGGCACUGGCGCUUGUCGAUGAGGCGAAAGCAAAUCUUGCCGGCACCGCUGAACUUGGAAGAAUCACCAUCGGCACUGCUGAGAUUUAUUUGGACAUAGGAGAACUGGAGAACGCUGUCAGCUGCUUACGGAAUAUUCGUCCAGGACAACCGUAUUACUUACAGGCACACACUAGAUUGGCUGAGAUCAAUUUGAACUACAGGAAAGACCGUCAGGCAUUCGCGAAGUGUUUCAGAGAAUUGGUGGAACAUUGUCCUGGACCGAGAACGUACAGCAUGCUGGGUAAUGCUUACAUGUCUAUACAAGAGCCUGAGAGAGCAAUAGAAGCGUACGAGCGAGCGCUUUCGCAGAAUCCGAUUAACAAAGUGGAAAUUGCAAACGAAAUGGGUAAAGCACUCGUCAAAGCACAUCAAUAUGCAAAGGCGAUCAGUUAUUACAAGGAUAUAGUGAAACAGGACAAUUGCGCUGCUUUAAAAUUAGAUCUGGCCAAAUUGUAUAUGAAGAUGAAACAGUAUGACAAGGCGGAAACCACUUUGGUGCAAGAGCUGCAAGAUAAGAGAGGCGAGUCCGAUAUCCUGAGCUUGGAGAUGCGAGGACAAGAAUUGCUGUUACUCGCCAAGGUGCGCGAGAAAUCGGGCAACAUCAGGGGCGCAUUAGCGACUUUAAAGGAAGCCAAGGAGAAUCAACACAGGUACAUCCAACGUCUCGCUGUUUCGCCGGACGUCGCGGAUCAGAGACACAUGCUGGCGAAUAUCUGUCUGACAAUGGCUGAUUACGCGUCGACUUUACGCAAUUAUGACGAAGCCAUUAUAUAUUAUAAGGAGGCAUUGGCUCACAAGCCAACAGACGUAAAUGCCCUACUUUCCUUGGCGAAGCUGUAUAUGCAGAUGAACAAUUUAGACCGGUGCGCGCAUAAUUGUUCCAUCUUGUUGAACGCCGAUCCCAACAACGAGGCUGCAUCCGUGAUGAUGGCGGAUCUCGCGUUCCGGAAGGUAGAUUUCGAGACUGCGGCAUUCCACUUUCGACAGUUGUUGGUACGCCAACCCACCUAUUGGACUGCCCUAGCGAGAUUGAUAGAAGUGUCGCGUAGAACAGGUGCUAUGGACGAUCUCGACGAGUGGUUGCAACGCGCGCAGGUCGCGAUGGGUAGCGGCAACGUCGAAGCUGGCUUCUACUACUGCGCCGGAUUGCUGGAUUGGCGGACGGGCAAAUUGAACUCCGCUCUUCGCAAUUUCAACUUUGCACGACGCGAUCCAGAAUGGGGCCAACAGGCGAUCUACAAUAUGAUCGAAAUCUGUCUGGAUCCGGACGACGACACCACUCUAUCGAACGAGGCCUUCAACGACGAGGACGACGAUUAUCAGGAUUCGAGGACGAUGGCUUUGAGGACGGCUUACCGACUGCUUCAGGAAUUGAAUCCCAAGGGCAGCCCUCACGAGGAAUUAACCCAUAAGCUGCUCAGCAACUUUUUCUUAUUGGCCACCAAGCAGAAGUCUAACAUCGAGAAAGCCCUGCAGGACUGUACUGCGUUGGCUAAUCAGGAGACCUUGAGGGAUCAUGUAGGACCCGCUCUCGGGAUGGCCACCGCACACAUCUUGCUAAAGCAAACGCCGCGCGCUCGGAAUCACUUGAAGCGCGUUAGCAAGAAUGUUUGGACGUUCGAGGACGCUGAAUACUUGGAGCGUUGCUGGUUGUUGCUGGCAGACAUCUACGUGCAAUCCAGCAAGUACGAGUUGGCGAACGAGUUGCUGAAACGAGUGCUGCAGCACAACGCUACCUGCGUGCGGGCUCACGAGCUGUCGGGCUACAUCGCCGAGAAGGAUCAGAAUUAUCGCGACGCAGCGGCGAGAUACGCUCAGGCCUGGAAAUGCGGCGGCAAAACAAAGCUGUCGGUCGGCUACAAGCUGGGUUACUGUUGCCUGAAGGCGAAAGCCUACGCUGACGCGAUCGAAGCAUGUAACGAAGUGCUGAAGCAGAGUACGGAUUAUCCGAGGAUCAGGAAAGAUAUCUUGGAGAAAUGUAUCAAUAAUCUUCGCACAUGAAACAUCCGAAUUUGUUCAGCUUGAAUAUCGAUUGUUUACUUGUUACUACACAUUGUACACACAUCCGUCCUCCUUCACUAUUGAUGUAGAUAUGUAAUAGUUUAGAGUGAAUAAAUAUUUAGAUAUUACUUAA